AUGGCCGCCGCAAGCUCCAGCAUUCUCUGUCUCCCGGCAGAACUACUCCACCGAGUCUUCAUGCACCUGGACAACAGCGAGGUGCUCGCGGCCCGCAGGACGUGUACGAUGAUGGCUGAAGUCGGCAAAGAACAUGUACUGCGAACGAUCGUUGGGACAUACAGCCAGAAACGCCUGCUGCAUCUGGUCGCAGCAUCGGAGCACCCGUACUUUUCGCAGCGUAUCAAAGAGCUGCACUUCCAGGCAGACAUAUACCACGAGCAAAGCCCGUUCCUUGAGUGGAAAGAGAACAUCAAGACGUGUUGGAAGUCUGAAGGUCCCACCAGAGGCCGUCGCUUCCACUUGACCUUAGCGGAGAAACUGGCGUGGACAGAGUAUAGGAAGAGAGUGCUUGCUCGGCAAGUGCAAGGAGAGUAUGAUGAGCAGGAGCUGCUCCAGUCGUAUCACAAGUAA